ACAAAAAUCUUAAAAGUUCUUUAAUUUUUUCCCCCAAAAUAAAACUAAAUAAAUAAACAUUAAAACUGGCGGGAAAUGUGCAUAACUAACUGGUCGUUAGUGUAACCGUGGUUCUACAUCUCUCUCUUCUCGCAUGCAUGCCUCCGGGUAUUCUGGUUGGAGAUUGAUCCUGCUGGGAGCUUUACAGGUACCUCAAUUUCCUUAUGAUUUUCAGUUUAGAUUGUCCAGUUUAGGAUAAAAGCUUUAUUUUAUUGGUCUCAGUUUUGCUUUUGGACAAGAAAUAGCUCUCUUACGUGCUUUCCAAAAUUAAAAAAAAAUAAAAAAAAAUCGAUAGCAGCGAGAUAGAGGCGUUAAUUAAUCUUGGUGAGUAAUGUUUUCCAAUUAGUUAUUGUAACAGUUUCUUAAAUAUAUUCUUUAAGCUAAAUAUAUAUUUCUUUUGUUUGAAUUAGGAGGGACGGAUCAGUACUUUGAAGUGGAUUCGGAAGUAGCUGAAGCCCUCACUGGCUUCCUCAACGACGACGACCCUUCUCUCCACUCCAUUGACACACUCUUUCAAAACGACGACUUCGUGGCCGGCUACAUUCAACAGCAACCACCACCGCUUUUGGAGCAGCAGCCGCCACCACAGCUUUUUGAGCCAAAUGUAUAUCCUACAUUAAUGGCUCCUGGCUGCAGUGCUCCUCCUCCCAGUUUGUCAGCUCAGAGUGUGGCAGCAAGGAAGCGGCGAAAGCGGAUCAGCGAGAAGACACAGGAGCUUGCCCGACAUAUCCCCGGCGGCGUCAAGUUGAGCACUGCAGAUAUGUUCCAGUCUGCAUAUAAAUAUAUAAAGUUUCUCGAAGCCCAGCUUGCUGUUCUUGAACUAACCACUCCCAGUGUGCAGGAAUGCGGAAGUAGAAAGGAAGAUGAAUAUUUGUAUGCAUUGCUAGCUUCUCUGACAAUGCAAGAGAAGUUGGCAGCGCAAGAGAUGUGCCUCGUGCCUUUAUAUGAGUUGCCUGGCCUUAAGGAAUCAUGUAUAGAUCAAUACCUUACACAGUACUUCAGCUUGUUUUCUACCUUUUAAACCAUUAUUUAGUUGUUGGUUCUAUUUUAUUUUUUUGUUAUCGUUGGGACUUUGUACAGAAGUUGUUAUUGAAUUUGGU